AUGAAGUUCCUGCAAAGCUUGCAACGUUUUCGAAUGUUCCGAGUGGAAGUCAAAAAUAAUCCAGGACAAUUUUAUCGUGAUGCAAUCGCCGAAAUCGAGUGGUUUAACGCGAAGGCAGGCUUGAACAUGUUCAACCGAUCAGUAAACCUUUUGAAUUUAAACUUUUGUUGGAUGAUGUUAAUGCUGGUGAGCAAUAUCUACUGUGCACCGGAAACAGUCGUGUUUUACCGAGACGAUAUCGACAAGGUGCUGAUGGGUGUUGUGACAUUGGGAUUCCUUUUUCAAAUGACAUCAAAAACGUACACUUUCGUUAUUGUUCGGAAGAAAGUGGUUGAAAUUCACGAGAUGAACGUGGAGUACUUUGACUCGAUGUUGUUCAACGACAUGGACGUGCAGGAUUCUCUCGUGGAAAAUGCCAUGCUGACCAGAUUCAUAAUCCAAAUGACUUCUAGAAUUUUCCCUAGCUUGUCGAUGACACUCAUGUUUGUGCCUCUUUUUUACAGCCUGAUAACUUCAAAUCUUCUACUACCAUACGGGUUUGAAAUCACGCACUCUGACACGUGGCUCGUUUAUGCCAUCAACUGGGCAUAUCAGGCUAGUUGUUCCUUCUACGUUGUGGUGAUUACAGUUACAACCGAGUCCACAUUUGUGCUGUUUCUAUUAACUGCUUGUGGACAAAUCGACACACUCAUCACGUUAAUCAAUCAAUUAAACUCAAAAAUCAACUCCGAGGAGUCGGAAGAGGGAAUCGCACUCCAGUUGAAGAAAAUUGUUAAGCUGCAUCAACACCACAAGUUGUACAUCAAAAAAGUAAAAGAUCUUUUCAAGUUUUACUUUCUCAUCGCAAUUGCUUCACUGUGUUCGGUUAUGACAAUGUCGAUGGCUGCUGUCGUGCUGGUUAAAUGGUAUCUAGGCGUCAUCAUGUUUUGGUUUACAUCCUGCCAAAUACUGUUCGGGUGUGUUCUUGGCACUCACUGGCAAAUAAAGAAUGAACAGCUGUUGGUGAAAAUUGCUUCAUUUGAUUGGUACAAAUUAUCGACGAAAAAUAAGAAAAUGAUUCUGAUGUUUCUGAAAGCUUCUCAAACGUACACUGAUCUUUCGGCGAUACUUUUGCCCCUGAAUAUUGGAAGUUACGUACAGAUUCACAAGAAAGUGUAUUCGAUGUUUAUGCUACUGGUCAAUGUUAAAGAAUAAGAUCUGCACGCAAUGUAAAAAAAUAAAUAAAUUUGAAAUAUCAUUUAGAAAUGACCAAAAUUAUAUAAAAUCAAAAGUGAGAUGCGAUAAUCAACUACACAACCAAAAGUUGCCUUUACAAGUUUGAA